AUGUCCCUCUCACCACAAGCAAAGACGGCACGAGACCGCCCACGCGCUCGCUACGUCGCCAUCAAGAAGAUCUACGUCACCUCGUCGCCCAUGCGCAUCUUCAACGAGCUCGAACUGCUCUACGACCUUCGCGACUCGCAGAAUGUCUGUCCGCUCAUCACCGCCUUCCGCCAUCAAGACCAGGUCGUCGCCGUCCUGCCAUACUUUCAGCACCGCGACUUCCGUGACUACUUCCGCGACAUGACCGUCGACGACAUGCGUGUCUACUUUAACCAACUGUUCACUGCCGUCCGCGCCGUCCACAAGCACCAGAUCAUCCACCGCGACAUCAAACCCACAAACUUCCUCUACUCGCCCACCACACAGAAGGGUGUCCUCGUUGAUUUUGGUCUGGCCGAGCGAGAAGGAACAGACUGGCAUCACUGCAACUGCCAGUACUCAAUUUCGGACCGCCAAUACCGCUACCAAAACUCUCUCUACUCUUCCAUCCGCACACAAUACCGAGACGCCGGCCAGCUACCACCACCACCCUCAUAUCCCAAAGAAGACUCGAGAAACUCUCGCAGAGCGAAUCGCGCCGGCACAAGAGGUUUCCGCGCUCCCGAAGUUUUGCUGAAAUGCACUUCCCAAACCUGUAUAAUCGACAUUUGGAGUUGCGGCAUCAUCCUCCUCACCCUUCUAAGUCGCCGCUUCCCUUUCUUCCACUCUGCCGACGAUAUUGACGCCUUCAUCGAGUUGUGUAGUAUCUUUGGCAAGCGUCGCAUGAACGAAGCUGCUCUACUGCACGGUCAGGUCCUGCAAACCAACAUUCCCACCAUCAGCGAGAACGGCCACAGCUGGGAGAAGAUCUUGCUGUGGUGUACCGAGCGUCGUAAGACCGACCUUCCGCUCACUGACGAGGAGAAAGAAGCCGUCCAAUUCAUGUCCCUUUGUCUCGAGCUUGAUCCUUCUAAGCGCAUAACAGCCGAUGAAGCGCUUGAGCAUCCCUUCUUAAACCUGAGUGCUUCGGAUGGCUCACACAUGAACCCUGAAGAAGAGUGA